CUCUCUCUCUUCCUGUGUUUAGACAUCUGCGGGGGAACUGCAACCUCGCUAUGCACUAGUGUUCAUAGGCUCUUCUAACGGUGUUUUGUAUUGGUUUUAUACCAAGCUUGCAUACGCAGGAGCCCGUGGGAAAACGGACACACCCCGCUGCCGAACGAUAUAAAGCUUUCACUUCAUUUAAGGAAAUGGCUUUCCCGGGAUACGGCGCCCCUCCCCCGGGCGGACAUCCAGGAGGGUACGGAGGUUUUCCUGGCCAACAGCAGGACCCACUCUAUGGAUAUUUUGCAGCUGUAGCUGGACAGGAUGGACAUAUCUCUGCAGAGGAGCUCCAGGCUGCCCUCUCACAGGCCGGCUUCGCUGGCAGCUACAAACCCUUCAGUCUGGAGACAUGUAGACUGAUGAUCAACAUGCUGGAUAGGGACAUGUCCUGCACCAUGGGCUUCGCUGAGUUUAAGGAACUGUGGUCGGUUCUAAACGGCUGGAAGCAGCACUUCAUGUCCAUUGACCGAGACCGCAGUGGGACUGUAGAUGGUCAGGAGAUGCAACAGGCGGUUAUCUCCAUGGGUUACAGUCUGAGCCCCCAAACCAUGAACUGCAUUGUGAAGCGCUACAGCACGCAUGGCAAGAUCACCUUCGACGAUUACGUGACCUGUUGCAUCAAACUGAGGAGCCUGACUAACUCAUUCCAGAGGAGGGAUACAAACAGACAAGGCACAGCCACGUUCCAGUAUGAUGACUUCAUUCAGUGCACCAUGAGCACAUAAAAUGGAGGAGGCUGAAGAAGACAGACCCUGACCUUUUAAAUGUGCUCAUAAUCAUGAACAACUGUUCUUUGUCUUUAAUACUUCUGACAUUCUGUUGACAUGUAUUUUAUACUGUUUUUAAUCUUUUUAGUAUAUAAAAUGAUUAGUUAAAACCUAAUAGUCAUUCCAUUUUGAGAGAGAUAUUAAAAAAUGAAUAUGAUAACCAAAUGAAUAGAAAUAUAACCAGCAAGCUUGGGUCUUACCAAAUGAUAACCACUACCAUGCCUAUUUAUGGCAAGUUAUUUGUUUAAUAGAUUUAUUUCAUUGUUGCACUUACUCGUGAGUAUUAUGAGAUUUUUUUUUUUUGGUCUGAGGAGUCUGUUACAUGUAUGAAAUGAAUAAAAAAAUGGCCACUGGAAACAUUA